UUUCACCAGAACCGAUACUCUCCGGCUUCAUUACCUGCUCUGUCCUUCACUCAACAGCUCUUAACAUUCCCUUGAGCUCUCCAAUUGGGAAGCCCCUCACCUCUUAUCGGCCCUUGUCCAACUAAAUUCACCCUUUUCCACUUUCUGCCCGGCGCCUUUCUGCUAUCACCUUUGGCAAACCCUAUACAUCGCACCCCACCAAAAACAGCACCGUCAAAACUCUUCAGCAUGUCUGAAUCUUCAUCUGAGCACUCGAGCACCAGCAGCAUCCUGUCGGAUAGCCCCCAACCAUCAUCCAUCCGCGAUCAUUCCGAUCAAGGACAAACCUCUCCAGUCUCCGAAAUCUCGGAACUGAGCUGCAAAGAGGUUCAAGCCUUGAAAGAGUAUUCCCAUUCUGUUCAAAACUUCACAUACCAAUUGUUUGAAAAAUUUCGACUGGAGUUGGAAGCCAAAGGUCGCUCGUCCAAGUCUGUGACCGAGAAUGAUCAUCCAUCGAACCCGAGCAUGAAGCCGAACAGCCACUCCAAAACAACCGCGAAUGUUGGCUUCCAUUCGACCGAUCUGAUGAUCGAGAACUCGCCACUCUCGCCGUCCUUCAAUCCCGCUAACGCUCAGUCUAAUCCCGCCACUCGCCGCCGGAAACCAAGCGACUAUCCCCGCCGUAAGAAGCGUCCCGGACCUGACUUUCCUGAUCACUUGGGUCUCUAAAAUCUCAAUCCGUCCAAUUUACUGGAACUGGUUUCUUUUCCUUUUUUAUCUUAUAAAAAUAUAUAACAAAUAUUCUCGAGAUAGCGUUUCUUGUAUUACUAGAUCUAUUCAAUUCGUUCCGUUCUCUCGCUUUUUUGUACUUUCAAUCUCGAUUUGUUUGUUUCUUUGUCCAGAAAUUUCACGGCCAUCCUUUUUUUUAAGAAAAAAAUUUCAUCAAAGAACAUCGAAAGUGGAAAAGCAAGGAAGAAAAGGAUGUGAUAUGAUAGAAAAUAUCAUCACCUUGUUCAUUUGUGUAUCAUUUCACAAUAAUAGCAAAACUUGCACGUUUCUACUUUCAUAAGCUAUUUCGGUCCUGUUUUUGGUUGUUCAUGAAGCCCUAGUAAUCUUGUACUAUUCGCUUGCUUACCAAUUCCUGUUAAUGCAUGAGUCGAGAGAUGUUUCGCAGCUUAUUUUCCGUUUGCACAUA